UCGGCCUCGUCCAGCUCCUCAGCCUCCUGCUGCAGCGCUGCGGGGCCUCCGUGGUCCCCUACCUCACCGAUGUCAUCCGCAUCCUCCAGGCCACUCUCCUCGACCACUAUGCCGAGGUCAGGCGUGAAAGUUGCAGGUGCGCCGUGGCCUGCAGCCAGGCCAUGCCAGAGCACUUCCAUAUGCAGUCAGAAUCUCUGGUAAAACCCUUAAUGCAAACAAUCUCACACCAGCACUACAGAGUUCGUGUUGAUGUAAUUCAGGCUACUGGAGCAGUGAUACAGUAUGGAAAUGGAAAGUCUGUGGAUGAUGUUCUGUCUCAUCUGGCCCAGAGAUUAUUUGAUGAGAUUCCCAAGGUUCGACACGCUGUAACAACUGUCGUUGGAGAAUGGUUGUUGCACCUACGAGACAGAUAUUCAUAUUUUCACAAGUUGAUCCCUUUGUUACUUGGCAGCUUUAGUGAUGAAAUUCCUGAAAAUACGAAACUGGCUUGGACUUAUUGGGAAAAGAUAGGCUUGCAGUGGGAGAAAGAGAAUGAAGAAGAUCUGAAGGAUAAGAUGGAUUUUAGUGUUUCACCAUCUCAUUAUCCCAAAGGAG